AUGGCUCUCGGGGAUUACCUCAACCUAGUCCAACAUAAAUACAUACGUUCGAGGGACCUUUCGGCGAUUGUAGAAAGACCGGAACGUCUGCGUGCCAUCAACGUCGGGCUUUCUGCAGCCAUUGCGCGUCUCGAGGAGUUAAUCCCUCUGCAAGAGAAUCCCAAGUCAGAUACUGGUUCGCAGGAUGCAGAGGCUACGAGAGAAGCAAAUGACCUGGUAGAUGUUAUGAACAAAUUGACCAUUGACCCGAACCUUUCUUCAACUCAGAAAUCGCCCGUCAGGAUUAUCCACAGCCAAGCGACAUCUAAUAUCUUAUCGGACCCAGCCAUUAAGUUCAUCCAUGGCGAUAUUGAAAGAGACGAAUACCUAGAGAAUCUCUCUCAAUGGAUCAAAGAAAGCCAAGACAAGAUCUCCAAUGGCGGGUCUGAGAUUCCAGAGGGUUAUGCCCAAGGCGAUCUAUACCUAUGUCCUGGGUCCCUCAAUGCUCUCCAGGGAGCAGUAGGCACAGUAUGCGAAGCCGUAGAUGAUAUCAUGUCGUCUUGCAGAUCCAACGCUACCCAUCCGCCUUUACACCGUGCCUUUGUCGCCAUUCGCCCCCCUGGGCAUCACUGUGGCGAGGAUACGCCUUCGGGCUUCUGCUUCCUCAACAACGUUGCUGUAGGCGCUGCACAUGCGCAUCUUCAGCAUGGCGUUAAACGGGUAGUGAUCUUUGACAUCGACUUACACCAUGGAAAUGGCACUCAAUCGGUUGUGUGGCAAAUAAACGAAGAAACCUAUCGUCAAACCCUCGAAAGCGAGGGAGGAAGUCCAAACGAGAAAACUGGACCACAGGUGUACUAUGGUUCCAUCCAUGACAUCUUAUCAUACCCCUGUGAAGAUGGCAAGGUUCCUCUUGUCCAAGCUGCCUCUGUCUCUCUCCAUAAAUCACAUGGACAAUAUAUCGAGAACAUUCACUUGGAGACAUAUACUUCUGAAGAGCACUUCUGGGACGUACUCUACAAGGAUAAAUAUAGCAAACUUCUCAGUAAAGCUCGAGACUUCCUCGAUGACACUGGCGGACCUGGGGACGACGUACUGGUGUUCAUCAGCUGUGGCAUGGACGCAUGCGAACAUGAAUAUGAAUCAAUGUCAAGGCAUAAUCGCAAAGUACCAGCGUCCUUUUACCACCGAUUUGCGAGGGACGCAUGUGCCUUCAGUGACAGAUACGCUGGAGGUCGAUUAAUAAGUGUCCUCGAAGGAGGAUACAGUGACAGGGCCCUCAUAAGUGGGGCGAUGGCACAUCUUUCGGGAUUAGUUGAUACCCCAGACGGAAUACAAGUCGACGAGCAGUGGUGGAGCAUCCCGAAUCUUGUUAAGCUGGAGGCAGCGACAAAGAAAAGAAGAGGCGGUCGUCCUUCCUUGCCUGCAAAGGGAUCAGUAGAGCCAUGGAUUGAGCGCACACUGUCGAUCUUUUCCUCGAUAGACGGUUCGGCGUCGACGACGUCAUCACGUUCCACUUUCAUUCCCCCGAGUUCCCGAACGCUGCGUGAUCGGACGAAGGGAAGAGAAGCGAUGCCUAAGUCACCGCCGGCAUCAUCGGCCUCCACGAAGCCUGUGUCCAGCAGCAAGGUCAAACCGGGUGCCAAUAUCAAAUCUGGCGACGAAAGUUUUGCUUCCACUGGCAGCAGCCCAUUGACAAGUCCGAGUCCGAGUUCAAGUGAAGACGAGGCCCCGCCCAUCAAGAGGCUUCCAAAGGUUAUUUUGAAGCUUGGAAAGGCACCUGAAUCUCCCUCAAGUUGA